AGUCAGCACAGAAAAGUGGCUGAUKUUCAUCCCUGCUGUCCCUUCCAGGAGAGAUUCCAGGUGAAGAACCCUCCCCACACCUACAUCCAGAAGCUGAAGGGAUAUCUGGACCCAGCGGUCACCAGGAAGAAAUUCAGGAGACGAGUCCAGGAGUCGACUCAGGUGCUCCGAGAACUGGAAAUUUCCUUGAGGACAAACCACAUUGGCUGGGUCAGGGAGUUCCUGAACGAGGAGAACAAAGGUCUGGACGUGCUGGUGGAAUACCUGUCCUUUGCCCAGUAUGCAGUCACGUUUGACUUUGAGAGCCUGGAGAGCAGCGUGGAGAGCUCCAUGGACAAGGGCAAGCCGUGGAGCCGCUCCAUUGAGGAUCUGCACCGGGGCAGCAAUCUGCCCUCGCCCGUGGGGAACAGCAUCUCGCGCUCGGGGCGCCACUCCACGCUGCGGUACAACACCUUGCCCAGCCGAAGGACCCUCAAGAAUUCCCGUUUGGUGAGCAAGAAGGACGAUGUCCACGUGUGCAUCAUGUGUUUGAGAGCCAUCAUGAACUACCAGUAUGGAUUCAACAUGGUCAUGUCCCACCCGCACGCCGUCAACGAGAUCGCGCUGAGCCUCAACAACAAAAACCCCAGGACGAAGGCGUUGGUGCUGGAGCUGUUGGCAGCCGUGUGCCUGGUCCGAGGGGGCCACGAGAUCAUUUUGUCUGCCUUUGAUAACUUCAAGGAGGUGUGUGGGGAGAAGCAGCGCUUUGAGAAGCUCAUGGAGCACUUCAGGAACGAGGACAACAACAUCGACUUCAUGGUGAGCAGCAAUUCCAUUCUAGCAGUGUCCCCAUACCCCAUGUCCCCAAAUGCCAGCAGUGUCCCCGUGUCCCCAUAUCCCCGUGUCCCCAAAUGCCAUUGGUGUCCCGUGUCCCCGCAGAAGCUGAAGCACACCGAGAGUGACAAGCUGCAGGUGCAGAUCCAGGCCUACCUGGACAACGUGUUCGACGUGGGGGCUCUGCUGGAGGACGCCGAGACCAAGAACGCGGCCCUGGAGAGGGUGGAGGAGCUGGAGGAGAACCUUUCCCAUGUCAGCUGUUCCAACCCUGACCCCGGGAUUCCAAAUGCCCAUCCCCUGUUUUUCCAGGAGAUCUACAAGGAUGCCAACAGCCAGGUGCACACCCUGAGGAAGAUGGUGAAGGAGAAGGAGGAGGCCAUCCAGCGCCAGUCCACGCUGGAGAAGAAGAUCCACGAGCUGGAGAAGCAGGGAACCAUCAAGAUCCAGAAGAAAGGGGACGGGGACAUCUCCAUCCUGCCGGUGGCUCUGGGCUCGGGGCUGGUGCCAGCGGGGUCGGGGUUGGGGUCAGGGUUGGGGUCGGAGGUGGUGCCAGGGAGCGGUGCCAGCCCCGGGGCCACCCCCUCAGUGCCACCACCACCCCCCCUGCCCACCCUGCCCGGCUCCCCUGAGGCAGUGCCCAACGGCCCCGUGGCAGUGCCAGGGCCACCCCCACCCCCUCCUCCACCCCCUCCUCCUCCUCCUCCUCCUCCUCCUCCUCUGCCGGGCCCAGCUCUGGAUGCAGCUCCGGACGCGGCUCCGUUGGCUCCGCUGCCGCCUCCGCCACCCUCGGCUCCUCCUCUGCCCGGCACAGCCUCUCCCACCGUGGUCUUCAACUCUGGCCUUGCAGCUGUGAAGAUCAAGAAGCCCAUCAAGACCAAGUUCCGCAUGCCUGUGUUCAACUGGGUGGCGCUGAAACCCAACCAAAUCAACGGCACCGUGUUCAACGAGAUCGACGACGAGCGCAUCCUCGAGUGUUUGGAUGUUCAUUGUCCAUUUUCCUCUGGGAUGUUCAUUAACCAAAGCUCUCCCUGUGCCUCCCCGCAGCAACUCCACGCCAUCAUCGCUGCCUCUGUCUCCAUAAAGUCAUCCCAAAAGCUGAAGAAAAUCCUGGAGAUCAUCCUGGCCCUGGGCAAUUACAUGAACAGCAGCAAGCGAGGGGCCGUGUAUGGAUUUAAGCUGCAGAGUUUAGACCUGCUGCUGGAGACCAAAUCCACAGACCGCAAGCAGACGCUGCUGCACUACAUCUCCAACGUGGUGCGCGACAAGUACCAGCACGUGGCCCUGUUCUACAACGAGCUGCACUACGUGGAGAAGGCAGCAGCAGGUACAGCCCCAACCCUCUGCUCUCUGGGCAACGCUGGCUCCUCUUCCCCCUCCCACAAGAGCAAGCGGCAGCAGCAGGAGCUGAUCGCCGAGCUGCGGCGCCGCCAGGUCAAGGACAACCGGCACGUGUACGAGGGCAAGGACGGUGCCAUCGAGGACAUCAUCACAGGUGAGCCCCCUGUCCCCCUGUCCUACUGCCCCCUGCCCCUCCUGGGCAUUGCCAGCCUCGUGCCUCAGUCCUCUCCUGCCUUAUGGGGACAUUCCUGGGGUUUAGGGCAGCCAGGGAUCCCACAGCUGCUCCAGUGAGGGUCUGCCCCACAUCCCUUUCCUCWCCCCACAAAUGGGAUGAGUGGCAGGAUGAGGAACCUUUAUUUCCCUUGAUGGUGAUCCCAGAAAUGCUUCAGCYGUCCCCCAGUGACCCCAAACUGCUCCAGAUUGUCCUGCUGACCCCACAGGGAAGGGACACAGCCCCUGGGGCAGCCAGGCACACCCAGGACUCUGCUGCUGAUAAAAUGAGCCACCUGUGCUGCCUUUUGCCCAGGAAUCAAAUCCUUUUUAACCCUUCAGGCUGCUGGGAAUGCAGAACCAGGAAUUUCCCACAAAUCAUUUGUGGUGUAGAAGGAAAAUUAUUUACCACCUCAGGAGCUUCACAAACUCUGUUUCCUUGCACAGAAUCCCCCAAAAAGGUCCUUGCCUGCUGCUCCUGGGAGUUUUCCACAGGAGUUUUCCCUGCAGAAGGGCAGGAGAGCUGUUCCACCCCUUCCUAAGGAAAGCCAGGGAAUUUUUGCCCACUGGAUGAUGGGGCUGAAGCUUUCCCAGUCCUUCUGAACCUCAAUUAACGGCCCUGUGAUAACAUUCUUCAUUUAAAGGGCAGGGUGGCAAUGAUACCCAGCCUGGCACUGCUUCCACAGCUCCUGGGAGUUGGUUUAAUUGGCAAAGSGAUGCUCCUGCUCUGUGGGAGGGACAGAUUGUGUGACAGCCACCCAUAUCCAGGGAAAAGGGACCAGGGGAGAGGSUGCCAGGCUCAAAUCAAACAUUUCCUGUGCCCAUGUGCCUGGAUGGGCCCAUUUUGGGGUCUCAAGCCACAGAGGAGGAAAGGUCUGGUGCAGAAAGUCAGGAAGGACCAAGAUCACCUCCCCAUCCCUGCAGAUAUCCCAGUAAAUCAUGGAGCUCCCCAUCCCUGCAGAUAUCCCAGUAAAUCGUGGAGCUCCCCAUCCCUGCAGAUAUCCCAGUAAAUCGUGGAGCUCCCCAUCCCUGCAGAUAUCCCAGUAAAUCGCGGAGCUCCCCAUCCCUGCAGAUAUCCCAGUAAAUCCUGCACCUCCCCAUCCCUGGGAGUGCUCUAGGCCAGCUUGGAGCAUGUCCCCUGGUGUUCCCGGUGUCCCUGUGGAGCCCUGAGCU